CACUAUUCACUCUUGCGUGUUAGGUCCGCUCCGCCCAGUCCGUCUAACCUAGGUUUCCUGAUGUGGGGAUUUCGCCCCGGGGUAGAAAAGCCGUGUCGCAAAUUACAUACCUAGGUAUAUAAUGUAUACAUAUGUACCUAGGGUACAGGUGUAGUGUACAGGUAUACCAUUGCCAAUAGCGAGACGAUGAGUGGCUUAGAAGACGCGUUAGUGUAUCCGUAGCGAACUUACCUGGGGUAGGCUGAGCUUAGACAAGCAGCUGCUUCCGGCAUUGAUUCCCAGAAAGGGUACCUAGAGAACAUUAGAACGUUAGGGACGAUACGGGGAUCCCUUUCCCACUGUCUAGAAUCAAGAAUCACAUGUCGGGGAAUUACAGCUGUUUGAGCCGUAUUACGUUGCAGUAGACUCGCAGACUCGGUAAGAAAAUGUAAUCGCCGAGCUUGUAAAGCUCAAGAAUGACAUCGCGUAAAAACAUAACUUUCGCAGUCUUUUCUCUUUUCUUCCUUAAUCUUCUACUUCUUCAUCUUCCUCUUCCUCAUCUUGUACUUUUUCUACUUGGACAUAAAAAAAUAAUAAUAGAUAUUCUAUCUCAAUAUACCCAGAGCUUUUCAUUCAAAAAUGUCCAAGACCUUUUCUAAAGACGAGGUUGCGUCGCAUAACAAACCCGAUUCGCUAUGGAUCAUUAUUGAUGGCGACGUCUUCGACUUGACCAAGUUUCAAAAUGAGCACCCUGGUGGGAAGAAGAUCUUACAACGAGUUGCUGGAAAGGAUGCGUCUAGUGAAUUCUGGAAGUACCAUAACGAGGGUAUUCUCAAGAAGUAUAAGCCCGCGCUUCAGAUCGGCUCGUUAGAUACCAAACCCAAGCCUGAGCCGAAGCCAGAGCAAUCCAAGACCAACGCUCCUAAGCCGACUAAGAAGCCCAAGAAAGCCACCACUCCCACUCCCGCGCAAGAAGAUACUGAGGCGCUGGAACCGUUCGGUUCCCUGAUUCCGUUUGCCGAUCCCAGCUGGUACCAGGGAUUCCACUCUCCCUACUUCAACGAGUCCCACGCCGCUCUCCGAGCCGAAGUUCGUGAAUGGGUCGAGAACGAUAUCGAGCCGAAUGUCACAGAGUGGGACGAGAAGAAGGAAGUCCCGCGCGAGAUCUACCUCGAGGCGGGUCGCCGCGGUUAUCUCGCGGGUCUGCUGGGUGUGAAUUACCCCACGGAGUAUACAAAAAAUACGGUGCAGUGUGUACCGCCGGAGCAGUGGGAUCUGUUCCACGAAUUGGUUAUUACCGAUGAGUUGUCGCGCGUCGGGUCUGGCGGUUUUGUCUGGCACAUGCUCGGUGGCUUCGGAAUCGGCUGCCCGCCGCUUAUCAAGUUCGGCCAGAAGGCUCUGAAGGAUCGUAUCCUACCCGGACUCUUGAGCGGGGAGAAGCGAAUUUGCUUGGCCGUUACGGAACCCGACGCCGGAAGUGAUGUUGCCAACCUAACUUGCGAAGCCAAGCUCAGCGAAGAUGGCAAGCAUUAUAUCGUCAACGGUGAGAAGAAGUGGAUCACCAACGGUAUUUGGUGUGAUUACUUCACCACUGCCGUACGGACUGGCGGCGAGGGUAUGAACGGUGUUUCCUUACUCCUCAUAGAGCGUGAGUGCGGUGGUGUAAGCACGAGAAGGAUGGAGUGUCAAGGUGUGUGGUCUUCCGGUACUACGUACGUCACCUUCGAGGACACUAAGGUACCCGUUGAAAACCUCCUCGGCAAGGAGAACCAGGGCUUCAGGGUGAUUAUGACUAACUUCAACCACGAACGCAUGGGCAUCAUCAUCCAAUGUCUACGCUUCUCCCGCGUCUGCUACGAGGAAUCCGUCAAGUACGCCAACAAGCGACGGACCUUCGGCAAGAAGCUGAUCGAGCACGAUGUGAUCCGUAUGAAGCUGGCGAACAUGGCUCGACAGAUCGAGGCCUCGUACAACUGGCUCGAGAACCUCAUCUACCAGUGCCAUAAGAUGGACGAAACCGAGGCCAUGCUCAGGCUCGGCGGACCCAUCGCUGGUCUCAAGGCCCAGAGCACGCUUACCUUCGAGUUCUGCGCGCGCGAAGCCAGUCAGAUCUUCGGUGGCCUGAGUUACUCGCGUGGUGGCCAGGGCGCCAAGGUGGAGCGGCUGUACCGCGACGUCCGCGCGUAUGCCAUCCCCGGAGGUAGCGAGGAGAUUAUGCUAGACCUGAGCAUGAGGCAGAGCUUAAGAGUGGCCAAGAUGACGGGUAUGAAGUUGUAAGAAUAAGAGGAACGUAUAAUAUGUAUAUACAGAACAGUUUUUGUUUUCUCUAUUGUACGAAGAUUGGGUGCAUGAGUUGGUAGAUAUUCAGAGGAUGCAUUCCACACUACAGUCUCUGGAAAUCCGAGGCUUCAAAUUACUGCCUUAACAGGUACUUAGUUAGGAGGUACCUAUUAUAUUAUUCAUAAAAUUUCCAAUACCCUUGAUGGCUGUUAAAUUUGAGGUAUCCACCACCACAUUUAUAUCUUUGAGAGAAAGGGGUGGCGCACUCUCACGCUAUCACCUAAGAAAUCUCUUACUAAACUUGG